AUGAACGUUCGAGUGGCCGCUAAAACGACCGUGAUCCCCAGUGGUGGAGGUCCAGAUGGCAGAUCCCCCCUCCUUAUCCCCAAAGGUACCGGGGUUGGUUACUCAGUCUAUCACAUGCACCGGCUCCGAAGCCUGUAUGGUAAAGACGCAAAUGAAUUUCGUCCUGAAAGAUGGUUGGAUCAAGAGUUAGAAGACAUUGGCUGGGGAUUUAUGCCUUUUCAUGGUGGGUCGCGGAUAUGUCUAGGCAAGGAAUUGGCUCUGGAAGAAGCUUCGUGUGCAAUAAUACGAAUCCUUCAGGCAUUUCCGGGGCUCAAGCUACCACCUGGAACAUCUACUGUGCCACCCGGAGAGGAGAAGCAAACGUUGACAAUUGUGGUGAUGAGUGCAGAUGGGUGCAAGUCGAGUCGUUUGGGAAUGCCAGAUCUUCGCCUUGACGAGAUGCAACUCAAGCUGUACCGAAAGCUUUCCUUCCAACUGGUAUUCGAGAACGACCAAAUGGUAUACAAGCACGCGACAGACCCUCCGCUUGAUUGUAUCACAUGCCCGGUUGCUUUGGAAAAUGCCAAACCGUAUUGCGUGGGGGAUUACCGGUAG